AUGCUGGCUGCUGCUGCUGCAGCAGCACAUGCAAGUGACGCAGCAGCAGCAGCUGCUGCUGCUGCUGUAAGAACUUCAGCUGCAAAUGACGCAGCAGCAGCUGCUGCUGCUGCUGCCUUGAAGCAGCAGCAACAGGGCAUAGCUGCAGCCCUCAAGCAGCAACCCCAGUGGCAGUUAGGAGUCCCGGGCCCCAGCAGCAGCAGCAGCAACAGCAGCAGCAGCAGUAAGCAUGAGCCCUACAGCAGCAGCAGCAGCAGUAUUGAGCAGCAGCUGCACAGCAGGUACAGCAGCAGCAGCAGGCAGCACCAGAAAAGGAUUGGCGAGUUGAGACACAAGGGGAGAGAAGUCCAAAAACGCGAGCAGAACCGCAGCAGCAGGCAGCAGCAGCAGCAGCAGCAGCAGACACACCAGUUACAGCAGCAGCAGCAGCAGCAGCAGCAGCAGCAGCAACUACUGCUGAGUAAGCCACGAACUACUAAAGACGCAGCAGCACCAGCACCGUCCUCUGCAGCAGCAGCAAAAUCUUCAGGAGCUGCAGCAGGCGCAACUCUGGCAGCAGCUGCAGCAGAAGCAACUCUAGCAGCAACUGCAGCAGCAGUGCAAGAAGCAGCAGCAGCAGCAGCAUAA